GAUAAAAACCUAACUUCACCGAUUAAAAGCUAACUAAACAGGGUUUUAUUUUAUAGAAGGCAAAAUUUCUCGCUAUACAUUUUUUCAAUCAUAUGAAAAAGAUUUUUAUAUUUUUGAUUUAUUCGCUGGUCAACGCCGCGGGAAUUGGGAUUUUUUCUAACUUUUGUAGGUUGGCAUAAGCAUUAUUUUUUUUUCUUAUCAAGUUCGCUGUUAUCAAUUGUUAUCAAAAUCGGGAAAACUGUACCCGUCCCGCUGACUAUCAACAAACAUUGGCAACGCUGGUUAGUUCUAUAAAACGUUUCCCGCUACAGAAUUCCCUCACGGUGUAGUGUGAAGUGUGAAGUGUGAACCGUAUAGUAAUAUAGUGAUACUCUAUGGUUUGAACCCGGCUUUAGUCCGGAACACCAUUACAAAGCACUUUAUAAUAAUCGUGGUCCGCAAUGAGAUCAUAAUAAUAAUGUAAUAAUUUAAAUUCAGCUGCACUUAAAGUUAAUAACGAUAACGGAUAAAGACAUCAUAAAUUUCAGACUUCUUAACAGUUAUAACUUAUGAGUUAAUUAUUAUUAUUUACUUAUUUUUAGUCUUUUAGCAUAGUCCGUAAUCCGUGUUUUGUGACCGUGACUACUGACCACAACUACCCUGAGCUCGGCCACGAAAGAACUGUGAAAUGAAGAAUUGAAAUUAAUUUGUUAGCUCUAAUCUAAUUCUCUACUAUAGUCGGCGAUGAAGGAUUGGUACUAUUGAUCUUGCAGUGUGUUAUGAUUUUGAUCUCCAUAAUUGUUGAGAGAAAUUUUAUGCUCUAUUGACUUGAGAGUACCUAAUUCAAUUCGCCUCUACCACAGACCACAGUUGAGUACGGCCUCAAAUAACAACUUUUACAAUUGUACCCCUUAUUAUCAUUUAUCAUCUUAAAUAUGUCUGACGCUGACUCAGACUUAUCAACAGAUGGUGACAAUAACAAUGUGUCUCCUUUUUUCGACCAUUAUUUGGGUAAUCCUCGAGGAUUCGAUUAUGAGCCUGUUACUAUUGAAACUCUACCUUUUUAUACAGAUAGUUCUUCAGAAAGUGAAAAUAGUUUAAUAGAUCGUACGCGUCCUCCAUCUAGCGAUAUUGAAAGAUUUUUUGACAGCUCUAAUUCAGACGAAAUAGAUUAUAUAGACAAUGCCCCAUCUUUUAGUUCAAGAAAUGCAUAUGUAUUUAAAACAUAUAAACAAGAACAAGUUAAAAAAAUCAAAACCACUCUUUCAAAGUCCAGUUAUUGGUGUCUUCCUAAAGAAUUAUAUAACAGAGAAAUCGGCCAGUAUAACACCCGUGCUCAGUGGGGUUAUAAGUUCUAUCAAUCAGCGGUUGCUGUACAUAAACUCAAAUUGAGUAAACUCUUAACAGGCCAUGAAGGAUGUGUAAAUUCACUAGACUUUAAUAAAACUGGUAACAUAAUAGCAAGUGGAUCAGAUGAUUUUAAAAUAUGUUUAUGGGAUUGGUCAAAUGAUAAAUGUUUACUUAAUUAUAAAAGUAUUCAUACUAGAAAUAUAUUUCAAACUAAAUUUCUCACUACACAUGGAGAUGCCCACGUUGUAUCAAGUGGACGGGAUGGCUUAGUUGUAUUGUCUGCUGUAAGUGAUUCUGAUUGUAUAUAUAGUAAAAUAAUAGGACACCAUGAUCGCUCUUGCAACAAAGUUUGUGUACAUCACGAAACACCAUAUGUGGUUCUCAGUUGUGGAGAUGACGGAAUUGUUAAAAAUAUAGAUAUUCGUGAAUCUCCUAUUAAUGAAAAUGAAAGAGUAACCAAUAUACUACAUGUCAAAAGUGUUCAUGGUACUCCUAUGCAUCUAUAUGGUAUUGACAUUAAUCCUUUGAAGCCAUAUGAGUUUAUUGUAAAUGGUAAUGAUGAAUAUAUAAGAAUGUACGAUAAAAGACAACUAAUUGAGGAUCCAAUUAAAGUAUUCCAUCGUGAGCUUAAGCAUACCAAAUUAAAAAAAAUGGAUCAUAUUGCUAUUCGUAAUAAUAGAACUGAUGAUAAUGUUAUUGAUGGCAGUGAUAAUAGUGAUCUUGAUGACACUGAUCAUAGUGAUGAUGAUGUGGCUGACAAUUCUAAUUCUAAUUCUAGUCCAAGCAAUGUUGAUUCUGACAUUGAUGACGAGGAAGAGAAUUUAAGUUCACAUCCUCACUAUCGACACAUUACAUCUGCUGUGUACAGUUAUUGUGGAACUGAAAUUUUAGCUUCUUAUAGUGAAGAUGACAUUUAUCUAUUUGAUGCUAAUGGUCGAUCCAAUUCCGUACUACACAAUUAUGGUGGCCAUAUGAAUAGAAUGACUGUCAAAGGUGUCAAUUUCUAUGGACCAAGAAGUGAUUACGUGGUAUCUGGAUCAGACUGUGGAUACUUGUUUAUAUGGGAUAAAAAAACUGAAGCUAUUGUCCUAAAAAAACGUGCUGAUAAAAAAGGAACUGUUAAUGUAUUGGAAGGACACCCACAUAUGCCAACCCUGGCAUCUAGUGGUUUAGAUAAGACCAUUAAAAUAUGGGAACCUUUAAAUACAUCUCAUCGGCUGAAUAAAAAAAAGACCUAAUUGUUAUAAUUGUUAUAAUCUAACUCUAAGGACUACUAAGGUUUGUUCAUACCUUAAAAGACUUGUUUGUGCACACCUUUCUGGCCGGUAUGGUGAGCCAAUUCCCACUUGGCCAAAUACCAUACAGACUCUAUUAAGCCGAAUUUCAUAUAAUUAACCAUCAUAAAGGACUGAAAUUACAUUUAGCAAUUUUAUGUUUACUUUUAAGAAAAUUGUUAUUCUAAUUAUUUUUUUUAGAUAUUUGUACUAUAUAAUAAUACAUAGUAUAACUGUAUAAAUGAUAAUAAGAAAUUAAUUAUUUAUUUUAUAAAAUUAAUUACAUUUAUAUAUGAAUUUAAAAUAAAAAAAAAUUUAUUAAUUAAUUCACCUUAAAAAAAUAUUUAAAUUAAAUUUUUUUUUAUUCGUCAAUAAUUUAUUAUAUACUUAAGAGGAUGCCACACAGACAUUUGUUAUCUCCGUCUUACAAGUGUGUAACAUAGCAAAUUUACGUUUAGCUCUGUUAGUUUAAAAAUUAGAGUGAAUCGGCCUAUUAUGAGAUUAUUGUCUGUGUUUGUAUGUUGGUUUUUUACAAUUCUACAGUUUUUAAGUGGGUUAUGAACAUUUUUAAUUAACACUAUAUUAUAUACGCAUAACUUUCUAAAAAAUUUAACUAUCUUAAAAAACCAACAUACGAACACAGAUAAUGUUCUUACCAUCAAGUUUAAUAAUAGAUCGAAUCACUCUAAUUAUUAAACUAACAGAGUUGAAUGUUAUCUGCUAAAUGUAAAUUUGGUAUGUUACCCAUUUGUAGGACGGAGACAACAAAUGUCCGUGUGGCGUCCUCUUAAAUUUAUAUUUUAUGAAAUUAUCACACAUGUAUAGAUGGUCAAUAUUGGUCAUGAAUCAUUAUACCAUAAAGUCGUGUGUUAUAUGACUCAUAAUGUCUUAAGUACUAAUUUUUACCUGUAUUUAUUAUUGUUUGAAAAUCAAAAUUGUAUCAUAAUAUAAUCUAAUCUUUCUAUAA